AUGUUUUCUUCAUUAGGUGACUUUAAUGCUCUUCUAGUAACAGAGGAUAAAAAUGAUGGUUUAGAGGUUGAUGAUUCUGAUUUUUCAAAUCUUAGAAAUUUUUGCUCAGUUUUUAACCUACAUGAUCCUGGUUUUUCGGGCCCUAGAUUCACAUGGUCCAAUAUGCAACAAGGCCCUGAUCUAAUCCUUGAAAGAUUAGAUAGAUGGCUUAUAAACCAAUCUGUUGAGGACCUUUUCCCUAAACUUUGUGUUAACAAUCUCCCCAGGGAAUCUUCUGAUCACUGCCCCAUGCAUAUAGGUUUCAAUUAUGAGGAUGUUUGUAUGCCUAGACCUUUUCAUUUUAUGGAUAUAUGGAUUGAAAAUCCUACUUGUAGAGAUAUUAUUGUUAAUUCUUGGUCUGUCAAUGUGGUGGGUUCACCAGCCUAUAAUCUUAAAUCUAAACUGUUAAGCACUAAGAAAGGUCUAAGAGAUUGGAAUAAAUCUUCUUUUGGUGAUAUUCAAACUAAUAUAUCUACCAUUAGAAAAGAUCUAGCUGACAUACAAAUCUCAAACCCCACUGAUACCAGUACUACUUCUAGACUCAAAGAUAGACUUGAGUAUCUUUAUAACUUAGAAGAGUUAUACUGGAAGGACAAAUCUAAGGAGGUUUCGCUCAUGGAAGGUGACAUAAACUCACCCUAUUUCCACAGAGUAACUCUCUUUAGGAGGAAAAGAAAUGUUAUUAGCUGGAUUAAGAAUUUCUUAAAUAUUAUUCUAACUGAUAGAGAUAGUAUUGGAACUUCUUUUAUAAACUACUUUAAAAAUUUGUACUCCUCCCAUCCUCAGCAAUUCCAGGAUGAAAUCCUUGCUGACCUCCCUAUUAAGUUCUCUUCUGAGGACAACUCUUUCUUAAAUAUGCCUCUUAUUCUAGAGGAAAUUAAGUAUGUCGUUUUCCAAAUGGGUGGGGGUGGGGGGAAGAAGGCCCCAGAACCUGAUGGCUUUACAGGUCUUUUUUACCAAAAGCACUGGCAUAUUGUAGGAGAUGCUGUCAUUUAUAUGAUCCAAACUUGUUUCAGAACAUGGAAUAUUGCUAAGGUUUUUAAUCAUACUAAUAUUGCCCUUAUUCCUAAAGUUCCCCUUGCUGAACUUGUGUCCCAGUACAGACCAAUAUGGCUCUGCAUAGCUCCCAUCAAGCUUGACAUGUCUAAGGCUUAUGAUAAGCUUGAAUGGGGUUUUCUAGAAAAGGUUUUAACAAAAAUAGGUCUUUCUAACCACUGGAUUAAACUUAUUAACCAGUGUGUUUCUACUGUCUCAUAUUUUGUCCUUCUCAAUGGUAGCCCAACUGGGUUUUUCCAACCGGAAAGAGUCAUUAAAGACUAUCUUCAAAAAUAUUGCUUGGCCUCUGGGAAAGAAAUUAAUUUUGAAAAAUCUGGUAUUUUAUUUAGUAGGAAAAUUCCUGAGCAUAGGAAAGCUCUCUUGGAAAACAUUCUAGAGAUCCAGAGCAGGGACCUUGGAGAAAAAUAUCUUGGAACUCAUACUGUGUUCCAAGCCUCUAAGAUCCAAACCCAUAUGGGUAUUCUCCAAGCUGUGGAUGCCAAAAUAUCUAUCUGGCUACAUAAGCUCCUGUCUCAAGCUGCUAGAACUACUUCGAUUAAGCAUAUUGGCCAAGUUAUUCCUCUUUUUCAAAGGGGAGCUUUUCUUAUGCCUAAACAUCUUUGUAAAAAAAUGGAUUCUCAUCUUUGUAAAUUUUGGUGGGGAGAAACUUUAGACCCUAAAGACAGGAAUGCUUGGAGAAUUCUGGAAAACCCUAACUGUUUGCUAGCCAUUGUUCUUAAAUCUAAAUACUUUCCUAGAACUGAUUUCUUGAAUGCCAAGUGCACUGGCAAGUGCUCUUGGACUUGGAAGUGUUUGCAUGCUAUAAAAGAACUCAUAAAGCCUUUCAUCUCCUGGAUUGUAGGGGGUGGUCAAUUUAUUGACCAUGGUGUGAUAAAUGGAUACCUACUCUGGACUCAACACCCAUUUGAUAAUGCUUCUGUUCAGAAGAUUGUCAGUAUUCUCUUAAGACAACUUUACACUCCUGAUAGGAAGGCUUGGGAUCUUUCAAAGAAUGCUAUUUUGUGGUCCAUUUGGACUGGCAGAAACAAUUUCAUUUUCCAAAAUAUGAUUGAAAACCUUACUAAUGUCUUAGCUAGAGCUAGAGCUAUGCUUCUUAGUAGAAAACCUUGCAUUACUGUUUCUUCUACUACUCCUGUCAGUAUUUGCGAUAAAUGGAUGCACCUUUUCUUUGAAUGGAUUAAAUGUAACACUGAUGGUGCUUAUGAUGAAAUUUCUGGAGAAAAUGGUGCAGGGUAUGCGAUGAGAAAAUGGUGCAGGGUAUGUUAG